GUUGAUGUGAGGCAGUGAUUGAUUUUAAACUAAAUAUUUUUCAUAUAUAGCCUUUGGUAGUUGCUAUUUUUCAGAAAUUUCGGAAAACAGUGUCGAAUUCCCGACUAUACUCAAAAAUAACGGUCCCGAGACAUUUGGCUAGAGUGAAAUAUACGUAAUUGUAACUUUGAAAAAUUUGAAGCGUUUGAAUUCGGACGCAUGAUCAGAUUGGCGUUGUAAAGUGGUCAGUGCAAUGUGAGCAAGUGAUGGCGGUUAAGGCGUUGCUUUGGAAAUCUGUAACAAGUCCUAGCGGUCCACAACCAAGACCUCGCCAUGGCCAUCGUGCCGUUGCUAUUAAAGACUUGAUGGUUGUUUUCGGUGGAGGAAAUGAGGGAAUCGUUGACGAAUUGCAUGUGUACAAUACAGUUACAAAUCAAUGGUUUGUUCCCGUUACAAAAGGAGAUAUACCUCCUGGUUGUGCAGCGUAUGGAUUUGUGGUGGACGGAACGAGACUUUUAGUGUUUGGUGGAAUGAUAGAAUAUGGAAAAUAUAGUAACGAAUUAUAUGAAUUACAGGCGUCAAGAUGGGAGUGGAAAAAGUUAAAGCCAAAACCUCCAAAAACCGGCCCGCCUCCUUGUCCCCGUUUAGGACAUAGUUUUACAUUGGUUAAUAAUAAGGUGUAUUUAUUUGGCGGUCUAGCCAACGAUAGUGCGGAUCCCAAAAAUAAUGUCCCUCGAUAUCUAAACGACUUAUACGCCUUGGAUAUCAGAGUGUCACCCGUUCAGUGGGAAAUUCCCAUUACACAGGGACCGACUCCCCCACCUCGUGAAUCUCAUACUGGAGUAGCGCAUGUAGAUAAAGCUCAAAGGAAAUCAUUCCUCGUCAUUUAUGGCGGCAUGAGUGGAUGUAGGUUAGGAGAUUUAUGGUUGUUAAAUACUGACACGUUAACUUGGACUAAACCGCAAGUGGCGGGACCUACACCGCUUCCUAGAUCACUUCAUACUUCGACGCUAAUCGGUAACAAGAUGUAUGUGUUUGGCGGAUGGGUACCUGUUGUAGCUGAUGUUGUUAAAACGGCGACAAAUGAAAAAGAGUGGAAAUGUACGAGUACCAUGGCUUGCCUCAACCUUGACUCUUUAACGUGGGAAGAUAUAGUUUUUGAUAAUACUGACAAUAACGUACCGUGUGCACGUGCGGGUCAUUGCGCGGUCGGUAUUAACACUCGUCUGUAUGUAUGGUCAGGUCGCGAUGGCUAUAGGAAAGCGUGGAAUAAUCAAUCGUUGCAGGUUUGUUGUAAAGAUCUGUGGUACCUCGAAGUAGACAAACCGCAGACGCCCGGACGAGUCUCAUUAGUUAAAGCGGGAACACAUUCUUUAGAAGUUAAUUGGAGCGGGACGCCAUCUAUACAAACAUACAUGUUGCAGAUUCAAAAAUACGAUUUACCGGCUGGUAGCGCUUCGAAACCUACGAUUCCACAAACAAGUGCACCUUCAUUAAUGGCCUCUCCGAAAGCGGGAGUCGUAACUCCGCUUAUGGUCGCUCCAUCGCCUGUAGUUCCACCAGUUCAAAUUUCAUCACCUUUAAGUGGAACAACUCCUCGAUUAGUUGCUCCUAUAAUUAGAGUACGGGCCCCUCCUCCAAAGGUCGUAGUAUCAAGUCAACCUGUCAUUUUAACGACUGCGGUAUCAUCUCCAGGAGCGACUCCUAACAUAGAAGCCGCAAAAACGACGCAAACUAGUUUAUCUGGCAUUCAAGCAUUGGCUGCAGCAGCUGCAGCGACCCAAAAAAUAACUCUAACUCAACAACAACAAACCUCACCUUUGAAAAUCGCAACGUCCAAUGUUCGAAUACAGCCGACGACGGGAAUAAGGCAAACUUCGCCGAUUCAAGGAAAGCAACUAAUUUUACAGAAAGGUGGGACUAUGUUGCAAAAAGGCAAUAUGCAGCCUCAAAUUGUUACCUUGGUUAAAACGGGCACCGGUAUGACCGUGGCCGCUCUACCAAAGGGAAAUGUAGUACAAACUCAGCCAAAGGGCCAUACUGUUAUUCAACAGCAAGGAAAAAAUGCAAUAGUAAAAAUUUUGCCCAGUACUUCAGGUAGUAAAGUAUUAACAACCGUUAAAACUCUCCCUUCUAAUGUAAUUCAAAUGAACAAAGCGACAGGAAAACUUGUCUUAUCCAAAAAUGCAACUGGCCAGCUGCAAAGAAUAACGAAUCAACAAGUUCUAGUGGUUAGCACGAAUGCCGCAUUACGAACUAUACAGACGGUUAGUCAAGCACAAUCGGUAACGCUAGCGCAACCUAAAACGACGACAGUACACAUGCAACCCGUUACGUCUGUAGCAAACCUACAAGGUGUUAAACUGACAGGAAAACCUAUUACAAUUUCGAUGCCGGUCGGUCCAACCAAAAGUGUCACCUUGUCUAAGGGAACGAAGCAAGUAAUGAUCGGCGGUAAGCCGGUCACCGUACAAAUGGCGGCUACGGGAAACAAAACUUUCACGUUAGUAGGAAAUCAAUUACAAGGAAAUUCUCCUGUGGGAAAAAUUGUCCGCCUACCCUCUUCAUCGACUGUGUUAUCAACUGCAUCUUCUAAUGAACAGCCAAAAUUAAUGGUUCUACAGCGACCCAAACAGCCAACCGCUACCAUAGCACCCACAUCGUUCGAUGGUCCUGCUACGACUGAUGCGGCUUUAGCUGCAUUAGCGGCCGAAGCCGGACUGAUAGACCCCGAGCCAAGUAAAGAAGUAACAAUUGAAAAGGACGUCGAUCAGUCUCCUAGCGAACAAAAUGUUACAUUUCUCCAAGGGGACGAUCAUGCCAACAUAGAGACUGCUUCGGAUGUGGACGCUGUUGCACCUACGGAGACUGCUAAUGUUGGACUGUUUGGGGGAAAUCCUGUAAAUAAAAUACUAGGUCUUAAGGGCGGAUCGAAGAUUCGGCUCGGUCUGUUUGGAGGCGCGCCUAUUCUUCCCACUAAACCUGUAACAUAUAGAGGUGGCUUAUUUGGUGGAACUAAAGAUGAUCCCCUUCCUCCUGAAGAGACUGUCGACGAGACCACUGAAAGUACUGUCAACGGUACUAUUCCUCUAAAAGAGGAUGCCGAGUUAGAGGAAGGAACGGAAGAAUUUAAAAUGGACAUGGAUACCACGUGUGAAAAACUGCCUCCCUUAGAUUCGACGAUGGUGGAGGAUUCAAAGAUGAAACCGGACUCCGUGUAUAAUUCGGACGCGAUUGAAUCGGAAUUAUCUCAAGAUGAUAAAAAGUCCGAAACUAGUGACGCUCUAUCGGCGUUGGCAUCUGCUGCCGUUUUACAUCAUACAAAAGAAUUUAAGACUGAUGUUAUAAAAAGUGUGAAAGAAGAGAAGGAUGUGUGGUAUACUGUAGGAUUUAUCAAGGGCACCAGUUUCGACGUUCAUAAUUAUUUUUAUUGGGAGGACGACGAUUCAUUUACAAUUGACGACGUGCCAGACUGCUCUCAUUUCCCCCGCAUCAAUUUAGAACCAGGAACUGCGUAUAAGUUUCGAGUGGCGGCUAUCAAUUCUGUUGGACGAGGUGACUGGAGUGAGGUUUCAGCAUUCAAGACGUGCCUACCUGGAUUUCCGGGUGCUCCCUCUGCUAUUAAAAUAGCGAAAUCAAUAGAUGGAGCCCAUUUAUCGUGGGAACCACCUAGUGCCGCUCAAGGCGAAAUCUUAGAAUAUUCCGUGUAUCUAGCCGUUCGAAAUAAUCCAAAGGACAAGCCCUCGCAAUCGACGACGGCUAGUCAAAUGGCGUUUGUACGGGUCUACUGUGGGGCUAGUAAUACGUGUACCGUUCCUAAUGCGUCUCUUUCGGCCGCAUUUUUAGACACUUCAACAAAAGCUGCGAUCAUUUUUCGUAUUGCGGCAAGAAACGACAAGGGUUACGGACCUGCUACUCAAGUUAGGUGGUUACAAGAUCCUCAAGCGGCAACUAAAACUGCCAAACGUAGCACAGACAAUUUACCUGGGAAUGUAAAGAAACUUAAACUGGAUAAGGAGGAUUCAUAAGUUUUUAAAUUCAUUGAUUUUUUUAUUUUAAACAUUUUAUCUUUUUGUUAUUUCGCCAAAGUAUUAUAUUUCUACUUAAAUUUCAUAUUUACAUUUUUAAAUUACCAUUUCACUGGUCGAAAAUAUACACAAGAUAGUCUAAGUAAAACGUGAUCUGCUGUUUAGUAGAUAAUUUCGCUAUCUUAACAAGUGUGAAAGCGACUUAACUCGAACAUCCAAGUUUCUACUUGCAGCACAUUGGAUUUUUUUAUAACCUACGAUUAUUUAUUGUAGACAUUAAGACUAGCUUAUAUUAAGUUCGUUACAAGAUGGUGCAGUUAAAAGUUUUUGAUAUCUCCUUGCAAGAGCUUUAAAGUUUACAUCGUUCUAUAAUUGUUUUUAUUUAUUUGAUUAUAUUGUAAUAGUUUGCAGUAUCAAUUGAAAAAAAGAAAUGUAAUUAAAUAACUGUGAAAUAACUCAACGAAUAGAACAAAUGUAUGUCAUAUCUAAAAGUUAGAUAAAAGUGUUAAUUUUGUAUGAUUUAUAGCGGCAAUUUGUUUUAUUUUACUCAUGCUGUACAUAUUCCUCCGUACUUUUACUUACCUGUUGUAAAUGUUAGUUAAAAGUGAUGUGUUUACACUUGUUUAAUGCAAUAUCAAUAAAAAUGGAGAUCAAAAUAAACACCAGUUCUGAAAUGUUAUUGAAAUUGAAAACGAUAUUGUACCUUGCCAUUAUGAAAAAUUUCAGUAAAUUCUGUUGUGGAAUUGGAAAGAAGCAGUUUCAAACCUACACUUUCAUUCUGACUACUCUACCACUACCCCUUGAUAUGAAUGUAGUGCUUGAUGAGCAUUUAUGGACUUUCUGGUUUUCUAAAGUUGCAUGUAAAGAAGCAGAGCUAACCGUGCCCAAUGCCUCAUCAUCAACACCGCUUCUUUGUCCAGUUUAAACAAUUGUAUAAUUUGUUUUCCCAUAUCACUGUAAAUGGGAAGUUUGAGGCAUACGCAAUCUACAAAUAUUUUCGUGCGUUAGGCCAAGUAAAUUGAAUUGGCAGAUAAUUUUACAGACUAUGGCGUAAAUAAUUUAAGGUGUAAUUUCAAAAUUGACAUACUGUUUGUAAAUAUAAUUUCACAAUUUUUUAUUUAUUAACAAAACUGCACUAAGUGAUUGUCGUAAUUUAAGUUCAUAAUUUGUACUCUGUUAAAUUGACUGCAAUCGAUAAUUUUUGUAUUUACCUUGUUACUUGUUUUGUGAUAUUUCUUUUAUUCUAGUAAAUUCUCGAUUUAAAAAAGUUUUAUAUGUAAAAUAGUUUAUAGAGAUGAACGCUGCGAGUCGAUUAUGGACAAUUGAUGGAGAGUAACAAUCAGUGAAAAGGUGUGGUUUCAUUUUGUGCUUAAUUCGUUAAUUUUGCUCCAAAAAUUGCUUAGUAAUGCUCCAGUUUUAGUAUCAAUUGAUCAUCUGUAUGGUUGCAUGCGGAAGCCACAUUUGUACAUUUUAUUGUGAAAAUUAAGGGAUAAAUUCUAACUAUAGAAUAUAAACUUGUAUCAUUUGUAAAUAAUACGCAGUAAGUUUGGCUUCAAUUUGUUUUGAGUAUCGAAGGUCAUUAUCUUUAGGGGGAGCGUUUGGAAAGUGACUGACACACCAUUACUAAGAUAAAAAUGCAACUUCUGUAUAUAGCAAUUUUGUUACAUAUUGUAUUAACACUAGUUAGAUUUUCAUAUAAAUAUGCAAAUGUAAUUUACGAUAUGUUUUAACUUUUAAUAUUGGAAAUGUCGACUAAUUUCCAUUUUGAUUGUUUUUAAAAGUAUAUCCGUAUCGUACACACCAUUUGCAAUUUAAGAGUCAACCGAUUGUGUAUGAACACAAUGUUGUAAUUAUAGUGCUGUUAUUUGGGAGAAUUCUACUUGUCCCAUUUCAAAGGGGUGCUUUAUUUAUAGAUUUAUUUUAUUGAAAUUAUAGUUUUUAAGUUAAUUUAGAUAUCUAACUGUUUAUUGCCUUAUAUUCUUCAUUCUGGUUAUUUGAAAUAGGAUAAAAGUUUAAUCGAUUUUGUAAUGAUUAUUAUCAUUAAAGACGUGCACGAUAUGCAAAAUUA